UUGUCAGUGAAUAAUUGGGUGUUUUUUGCUUCAGACGCGCCUGAAGUGUCGGAUCACGAAGAAGAAAAUCGCAUCAAGAAAGAUCAGCGAGCGCAGCAAUCGCAACUCGGCUCCGGCCAACCUGACCAUCAGCGCGUGCCGGCGGGUCGACUACGACAACGACGUCAUCAACGGGAAGCUACUGUGGUGGGCGCUUAUCGCCCGAGAGCACACCAAGGAGAUCGCCAUCGAGGUGANUGUGCAGAAAUGAUUCAUGAUCACUGCAAAGUUGUUUAUAAAUGCGUGAUAUUUGAGCAGUCGGGGUCCAGUUAUGCUUAUUACGCUUUGCGAGGUGCGCGAUUUGAAGUGGGCCAUCGUGACUCGGAGCAGUUUCGAACGAUCGGCGGAGAUUUUGACGAUCUAGAGGAGCUGAAUUCAGAGUCGGAAGAGCAACCGGCCGAGUUAGUGCCGCUCGGGAUGCGAUCUCUCAGUUUAUCAGGAUGUCGGAAUCAUCGACGACGAAAGACAAGGACCAACUUUCAUGGUGCGUUCCCUCUUCAUUUCUCUCUUCUCAGAAAAUAA